AUGAAAAUUACCAGAGGAAUCGUGAAUCGCGGUGACUCCUUCCGGCGCCGUCGUUCAAGAUCCGGAAGUCUCGCGCCAGCAUCUCCCGCCCAAUCCGCUCCCGAGUCCCAAGAACGAAGGCCGGUUGCAUUGCACCGAGUGGCCAUGGUGGGCGCUCAGGGUGUCGGAAAAACCGCCUUAAUCAGCCAGUUCCAGACUAGUGAAUGUAUCAAUGCUUAUGACAGACAAAGAGAUGCGGACGGCACAGAGCAGAAAGUAUCAAUUCUACUAAAUGGCGAGGAAUCGGAGCUUUAUUUCGUAAACUGCACAAGUGCAAGGGAAGAGAUAGACCGCUGCGAGCCUCCAGAUGCGUUCGUCGUAAUAUACUCUGUAGUAGACAAGGCAUCCUUCCAGAAGGCUGAGCAGGAAUUGGCCAGGUUACUGGACUCUGACAUGUUGAGAUGCAGGCCGGCGGUGCUGGUUGCGAAUAAAAUAGAUUUAGCGAGAAGCAGAGCUGUUUCGACUCAAGAUGGUAAAUGCCUCGCGUGCACAUACAAAGCGAAAUUCAUAGAAGUGUCAGUUGGCAUCAACCACAACGUUGACGAACUCCUUGUCGGCAUCCUCAACCAGAUCAGGCUAAAGCAGCAGCAGUUCACCUCCGAUGGAGGCAGAGAGUCAUCACCAGCGCACUGGUAUAAAUCCCGAGGUGUUGUACGCGCAAGUAUGAAAGCCCGGCAGAUGCUCACAUGGAUCUUCGGGAAAGAGGAUUCGAAAUUCAAAAAUUGUGAGAACUUACAUGUUCUGUGA